AUGGUCACCAUCUCGCACAUGGUGACACUCCAAUACAAGGAGGAGAAGGCCAUCAUCGUGCCCACCGAGCUGAUCAUUCAGCAUGAGGAGCAUCAGUACAUCCAGCUGAGGCCCACGAACCAUGCGUUCUGCCAGCUCGUUUGCGGUAGCAACAUUCCGAAGAAUGCAUCCAUAUCAGCAUGCACAAAGUUGCAGGAAAUCAUUCAGAAGCGAAACGAAGCCAUGCAGUCGGAUGAAGCAUCGGAGCAAAAGGACGAUCUCUUUCCAUCCAGCGAUGAGCCCCCAUCGAAGAAGAAGAAAAGCAUGAAGAUUCUGCCACCCACCGUGAACAUCAGGGUGGGCGAAGUGGCGGUCACAUGCCUCGUCCAUGGUCGCCGACCAUCCGCACAGGACCUUUGCAUUCGCUUGGAUGCUACCCAGAUCGGCGCCAUCGUGGACUACAUUCGGGAGGAUGCCAUCGAAGCCAUGCAGCAGUCCAAGAGGAAGUACGUGGAGAAGGUCAGGAAAGAAAUGCAAACCGUGCCAAUGCAUGCCCAUAAUUUCAUGUGCAACAUGACAUGCAAAGGCCAGUUUCGCAUGCACCUAGAUCCCCGCGAUGUUGUUUCUCUUGCAUAUGCAGCAUUGAAUUUUGCCUUGUGGCCAAAAACAACGGGAAGCCCAUCCAUUGCCAACAUGGCGGUGCCGCAAAGCAUUGUCUUCGAAGUACAGACGAUCAUGGACGGGGAGAUGCCAUUAAACAGCAAGACCGAAGCCAUUUUGGCAUGCUUGGAGAAUGCGGGGCUUGCAUCGAAGCAGCGACUGCUGCCCCGGCAUCUGCUCAUCCAUCCGGACAAUCGUUCCCAGUCCAUGCUCAGUUACCAUGACGUCUGGUCGAAGGGGUUGGCCAUGAGCAUGGUUGGUUUCAACAUCAAGCUGGUGGAAGGCACCACCAUUGCAUUCGCCAUGAGCACAGAGCCAGAGAAGAGAGCCAUGCAGCUGGCCAAGAACAAGGCAUUGAUCGACAAUGCCAUGGGGCAUUUGGCGCCCAUGAAUGGUUCAGAAGGCUACUUGACCAUCGGGGGCAGCCAUACAGUUGCAUAUCUUCGCUGCAUCGAAAACGCUGUGACCGGGCCAUCGGCGGAGUCAAGCACCCAUCCGAAAUCGCAUGCUAUCUGGCGAGCCAUCUCCGAUGGCUGGACAUGGGUGACCAUUUCCAGCGCUGUGGAGGAUGCCAUACCCAUUUUGCCAUCAUUUCCCCAAUCAUCAUUGAACUCUGCGAACAGCAUCCAGAAGAACAUCUCCGAGCUGGAGGUUGCCAUGCUCUUGGCCACAUGCUUUGGCAAGGGCAUGACAUUGGCACAGGCUGUGAAGCAUGCGGAGCAUACUUCACAGAUGUCCCGGACAAGCAUUACUGUUCAAGAACACCAGUUAGCAUAUGCGUUUUUUUGGGAGUGCAGUUAG